CUUAAGGUGGAUGUGAUGAAGGCGUUUGACAGUGUGGAUUGGACCUAUCUAGAGACUGUUAUGGAAGCUAUGAAUUUUCCUGUUCAAUUCAUUAACUGGAUCAGGGUUUGUCUUUAGAGUACCAAGCUUAGUGUAUGCUUCAAUGGAGGGCUCUGUGGUUACUUUCCAUCUCAGAAAGGGUUGAGGCAAGGGGACUCCAUAUCCCCCUAUCUUUUUACUAUAGCCAUGGAGGUUUUGUCAUGCAUGCUCAACAGAGCUUAUGCUGUCAAAACCCUUCCCCCUCAUCCACAAACACAUAGAAUAGGUUUAUCCCAUCUAUGUUUUGCUGAUGAUCUCCUGAUCUUCACUAAAGGGACACCUGAGGCUGUGGGGAAAACUAAGGCUAUUCUGGAUGCUUUCGAUAUAGUUUCUGGAUUAAAAUGUAACCCUGCAAAGAGUGAAGUCUUCUGUGGAGGAGUGGAGCCUAGUGUCAAGGCACUUAUAUCUUCUAGCACUGGGUUUGCUAUUGGUCAUUUACCUGUUCGUUAUCUGGGAAUCCCACUUAUUGCUGGGUAGUUGAGUUCUGCAGAUUGUGUAGCUCUGGUUGACAAAAUUACUGCAAGGAUUAGGGGAUGGAGAGUGAAAUCUUUGUCCUAUGAUGGCAAAAUGCAGCUCAUCUCUGCUGUCAUUUCCAGCAUAACUCAAUACUGGAUGGGAAUCAUUCAGCUCCCAGUCAGAGUUUUAAAGAUGGUUGAAAAAGCCUGUUCUGAUUUCUUAUGGAAUACAGAGGAGGAUGGGAAAAAAGCAAAGGUCCUCUGGAAAGUUGUAGCUAGACCUAAGAAGGAAGGGGGUUUAGGGUUUAAAGAUCUUCGCAGUUGGAACAUGGCUUGUCUUGUUAGACAUCUAUGGGCUUUAUCCUCAGAUUCAUCAUCUUUAUGGGCAAGUUGGGUGAGGCACUAUCACCUAAACUAUACAUCACUCUGGGAUAUACCUCCUUCUAUCCCUUGCUCUUGGGCUUUGAGGAAGGUGUUGAAAGUUGAUGCGUGACAACAUCUUGGGCCGAGCCCAUUAUUAUUAUUAUUAUUAUUAUUAUUAUUAUUAUUUUUGUUUUAUUAUUAUUAUUUGUUGGGAUAUUCGGUUAUUAUUCGGGUUAUUCGUAUUAGUUUGGGUCUAGGAUUAUUAUUAUGUAUCUUGUUUAAGAAGUAUUCAUUUACUUGUUGCUUUAGGUUUGGGUUUCCUUGUCUUAAGAGGAAAGGGGUUUGUAGGAUUAAUCCUAUAAAUAUGUACCUUUGCUCUUCGUUUUAUUAAGUCGAUCAAUAAAGUAUUAUUAGUUAGUAGAGAAAAGUAGCUCUUUUAUCGUAUUUUCUAGUUCUUUCGCUAAAUCGCUCGAGAUCACUGGUGUGUGAAAUCCCGUUCCGCAUCAAUUGGUAUUAGAGCCUGGUUCAAAAGAAUCGAGCUCUUACCGACUCCCCGGGCAGACAUCGUUGACGUUCAACCACCAAUGUCGGGAAGAGGUCAUGUGCGCCACCAUGUUCCGCAAUGACAAGAUGGACGGAUCACCGAUCGAGGUGCCUCCAACGAAGAAGCUAACCCUAGCUUCGUCAUCAUCGACCGCUGCCAUAGUCGGGGAGAAUCACCGAUCGAGCUUGACGAGACACCGGAUAAGCCUCGUAGUCCGGCCAAUGUAGAGAUCUCCUUGUGCGCUCUGAACGGCGUUUCUAAACCCACGAUCAUCCGCUUCAACACAACAGUUCACCAAGAACCAGCCAUCGUGCAAGUUGACCAUGGUUCGACACACAAUUUCAUAAGCCGCGAAGUUGCAAAGAAGUUGUCCUUUCAAGCUACAUCGAUUCCGACGUUCGAGGUUAAGGUUGACAAUGGCGAUUGUCUAUUUUGUAACCGUUGUUUUGAAGCUGUUCCUAUUGAAGUUCAGGGCACAAGGUUGGUCGUUGAAUUGUUUGAGCUUCCUAUUCAUGGCCUCGAAGUUGUCUUUGGCGUUCAUUGGCUUAAAGAGUUGGCGCCUCUGACGAUUAAUUGGCAGCUGAGGACCAUGCGCUUCAAAUACAAAAGUACAUGGGUCACGUAGCAAGGAGCCAUUAAUCCCGACAACGAGGUUACAGCUGUCGGCGGGAGUUUGCGCGAUAAUGACUUCACGCCGCGACGGACCAGAUGCUGCAACCGAGGGGGUCAGUCGAUUCUUCAAACGUCAAAGCCCAUGUAGCCAACACUGAAGGAACUCUCCCCGGCCAUUGAUGUUGUCCUCUCCGCCGCCACGUCGGCAACCGCCUCGACAUGGAUUUGCUCCACGACAGUCUGUGAGCGUGAUGUGGCUGGACGAGGAUCAAACUCGGUGGCGAACAGCUUGAUUCAAGGCUGCAUCGGACCCUCCAUGGGCGGCCUAACUGGGGCUCUCUUGUACGGAGUGGGUUCGAUGGUGGCUACGGUUGAUAGUGCCAUGGGACUUGCGGGUGGAACCAUAAAGGAGGUCGGCGCACAUUCGUGUACGAAGACCUUGAUGUCUUGGGAUCCUACGACGGAGGCAAGUACAUCCUUUGGUUUUAACAAGGCUAAUGAUGGAACUCUCUCCAUGCCAGGAAUUGAAGGCCACGUUGAAGUGCAAGAUAUGGAGUGGAGGUUUGGUUUUGCAUAUGGUUUGCGGGGAUGGGACGAAGACAACAUUGACAUGAAAAGAACCUGUCCUGGUACAUAUGUACGUGAGUUGCAUGGGGAAUUGCUUUUGGACAAUGGAGGUUGCUGGACAAGCCAUUUCCUGCAUGAUGAGAUGGAAUUGGAAGAAAGGGAGCUCGAGUGGUGUGCAAGAAAGAACUUGAUGGUACUCGACGUUUUCAAGGAUAGGAGUUUGGUUCGAGUGCCCAAGCCUAAUUGGAAAUUUCGUAAGCGAGUUUGGCGUCGACAAAGAAAUGCUCUCUGCAUUA